UUAGCUGAUAAAAACAAACCAAAGUUAUUUUUCUUAGAAUUGCUUCUGUAACAAAUUAAAGCUUUUAAUACGCUGGGCAUCAUUAACAUGGGAGAAGAAGCAAAAAGGUAUGCGGUAGUGACAGGAGCAAACAAAGGAAUUGGGUUUGGGAUAUGCAAGAAAUUGGCAUCAACUGGUGGCGUUGUGGUGGUGCUUACAGCAAGAGAUGAGAAGAGGGGUUUGGAAGCCAUUGAAAGAUUGAACAAAGAGUUUGGCCUCUCUCAUGACGCUUUGCUUUUUCAUCAACUUGAUGUCACUGACCCUCUUAGCGUUGCUUCUUUGGCAGCUUUUGUUAAGACAAGAUUUGGAAAACUUGAUAUAUUGGUGAAUAACGCAGGUGUUCCUGGGGGAGUAGUAAAUGGAGAGAACGUCCUUAGAAGGAAAAGGGGUGAAUUAACGGGUUGGACCGAUUGGAAUAUCAUAGUUAGACAAAAUUAUGAGCUAGCUAAGGAAUGUGUUGAAACCAACUUCUUUGGAGCUGAAAGAGUAACCGAAGCUCUUCUUACUUUGCUUCAGCUAUCCACUUCACCAAGGAUUGUCAAUGUUUCCUCCGCAAUGGGGGUAUUGAAGCAUAUACCAAAUGAAUGGGCUAGAGGAUUGUUUGAGGACAUUGAUAACCUCACAAACCAAAAACUUGGCGAUGUUCUGAGAGAGUUCCUUAAGGAUUACAAACAAGGUUCAUUGGAAUCCAAGAACUGGCCAAUAGUGGUUUCAGGCUACACAAUGUCAAAGGCUGCUUUGAAUGCAUACACGAGAAUGCUUGCUAAGAAAUUCCCUAAUUUUAGAGUAAAUUGUGUGUGCCCUGGAUUUGUGAAGACCGAUUUGAAUGAGAAUACUGGAUUUAUGAGCAUUGAUGAAGGUGCUGAAUCUCCUGUAAGGCUUGCAUUGUUGCCUGAUGAUUCUCCUUCUGGUCAAUUUUAUUCAGUGGAUGAAAUCAUUCCCUUUUGAUGCGUGUAUAACAGGGUAUAAGAGUGAUGGUAUAGUCUUUUAUCUGUGUGCUUCAUAAGGAUUCUUCUAAUUCAAAAUUUACUCAAUAUAUAAUGGAUAGUUGUUUAUAGUAAUUAAGGACAAUACAAUAUAUGUGAGUGAAAUUUUAAAUUAUGAGAAUUUCUAGACAUAAUAAGAAGAAAUUAUAAUUUCUCA